AUGUCUUCCAACCCAGACGCAAUUCCCCUCCGCCGCACCCGCUCCCGCCGCUCCAUAUUCCGCGAAGACUUCGACUCCCAGCACUCAACUCACUAUCCCGACACCCUCAACCAGCCUGCAACGACCACCACACCCCCAUCCCCAACGCCCCGCGACCUACGCCAGUCCGCCGCCGCCCAUGAAUUCGUCUUUGGCGGCCCUGGCCAACCAAAACCUCGCCGUUUAGGACUCUGGCACUUCCUCAUCAGCCAUGUCUCUAUCAUUGCGGCUCUUGUGGUCGGCAUCAUCUGUGUCGUUGUGUCGAUAGUUUACACCAGCAACCUCGGCAAACGGGUGCUUGAAUGUCCGGACUGGGUGAGGGAGUGCCCCGCGGCGGAUGAGUGGACUGUUACGCAUCUGGGGACCAUCCAGGGGGUUAUGACGUUGGUGUAUACGAUCGGCAUGUUUGCCUUGGGGUAUGUCGCUCUGGCGUUUGCGGAGACUGCGGUGUGGGCGGUGCUGCAGAAGCAGAGCUUUACGUUAAAGGUGUUGGACGCGUUUGUGUCAGCGACGAGGGGGAAGAUUGUGGCGGUUCCGGCCGCGGUGCUGGCCGUGAGAUCUGCGAUUGCGGGGAUUGUUUUGUUGUGUGCAGUUGUGGUGAGCCUGAUGCCGUUUGUGGGGAUGCCGUUGGUUGGGUGGGCGUAUACGCCGGGGCUCGUUGGGAAACGGGUUGAGAGUGGUUAUGUGCCGGGCGGGGGAAUUACGGAGGUAUUUGUGCAGGCGAACCCGCCCAACUCGGUGUUGGCUGGGGCGAUGGUUGAGUAUUACUCUUGGGCGAACGAUCCGUCGGCGGAGCCAAUGCCGGAGUAUAGGGGUUGGUACAUCGAUAGGAAGACACUUAGGGGGAGGGGUGAUUUCACCGCUCAGGCCGUCAAGCUACAGACGUCCAUCUCGUGCGCUCCGCGCUCUCUCCUCCCAGAAAACUCAGGAGAAAAUUACUUCUUCACCAACAUGACGAAGACUGGCGACAAUUCUGACCAGCUGCCGCAGAUUAACCAAGACAAGGUCUGGGUCCACAAGACUCCCCACCUCGCAGUCUGGGUCGACGAAUUCUCGUUCCUUUCUAAGCAGCAAACCCGCGCUACCCUCAUCUUCGCCGCCUUCAACGGCACAAUCGACGGAGGCGCAACGACUAAAGUCAACUUCGGAAACCUGGAAAACGUCUCUUCUAUAGCUUGCGAUAUCAACAUGACCGCUGCGGAUGACAUUCUCACUGUUGGAACAAACCCCCCUUCCGUCGAAGACCUCCCUCUUCUUUCUUCCAUCGAUACCCUAACCCUCCCCAGCUCUGCGUCUCAGGAUACUCAUCUCAAUGAAUUCCUCCUCUGGUUCGCAGUCGCGCCAGUUCUGACUGCACCGAGUGUUUACGGCAACCAGCCUUCUUUCCUCAACUUUAGCGCAACCGGUCUACCCAUCCCUUAUACUAAGCUGCCCUCCGAUGAGGAGGAUUACCCGACCCCCGAAGCCAAUACCUGGACUAUCGCCGGUCUUACAACCUUCGUCUAUCUCUCCAUCGGCGCAGUUGUCCAGUCAACCCUCUCCCAAACAGGCCCCGAACCCAUCACCCUCACAACAAAUGUUGACCUCCUCUCCUUCCUUUCGAACCGUACAUUCCUCCUCCUCUUCCCUCCUCUGCUGACCUUCACCAUCCUCAUAUUCUUCAUGAUCUACACAACCAUGCUCCAUGCUAAACACUCCAUUCCCGUGCUUCGCCUCUUCUCGCUCCCCGAACUCCUCAAAUCCUCCCAAACCCAAUUCCUACGCGAUAUCGCUGGUGUGGAUGCCGCCAAGGGCUAUCUACCCGCCCAUGAUCUGGCAAAGACGAGGGUGAGGUUUGGCGUGGAGAGGACUGGGAUGGGUUUGAAUAUGAUGGGGUCGGUGGGGAGUUUGGGAGAGGAAGGGGAAGAGGGGGAGGGGGUACUGGGGUUGAUCGAUGGGAAUACGAUCCGGGAGGGGAGUUUGGGGAGUGAGGAAUUGGAAGGGGAUAAGAGGAGUGGGAGUAAGAGUAGUGUGCGGAGGGAGAAGAACGGGAGGGAGAGCAGGGGAGAGAGAAGGAGGGAGAGGGAGAGGCUAAGGAGGGACGGGGACGUGAAGAAGGUGCCGGGGAUUACCUAUAUCUAG